GCUUGCUUGACCUAUGGCAUUGCGGGAAUUUGCUGACACGUCCUCAGGUGUUGGCUAGUGACUGAAGCAGCAGCUCCAGCCCACCACCACAGCCGCUCUCCCGCUCUUGGCAGUGGCGCUUCCAACUUAUCGAUCUCACACAAAGCCCGAAUGCAGUUCGCGCAAGUGCCAGUCAACUCGCCGUGUGCCGAGUCGCACCUGCAACCUAUCCAAGUCGCAACGAGUGCACAGAAAGACCGCACGCGGGACGAAGCGCAGAGGAAACUCGAAUGGGCGUGCCUCUUCUGUGUCUUGUUUAUGUUUGUCGAGUUUUUGGGCGGAUACCUUGCCGGCAGCCUGGCCAUCAUGUCGGACGCCGCGCAUCUGCUCAGUGAUGUGUUGAGUUUCUUUCUGUCGCUGUUUGCCUUGUAUCUGUCCAAGUUUCCUGCGUCGAAAACCAUGUCCCACGGAUACAAACGCGCCGAAGUGCUCGGAGCGCUGACCAGCAUCGUUGUGAUCUGGAUGUUGACCCUCGGUCUCGUCUGGGCUGCAAUCCAACGCAUCAUCGCGCUCGUUCAGGCUCCCGACUCUACUUCUGUGCCUCCUGUGAAUGGGAAGGCGAUGUUCAUCGUGGCGUGCAUGGGUUUGGUCGUAAACAUUGCCCUGAUGAAGAUUCUUGGACACGGCCAUUCCCAUGGAGGUCAUGGCCAUUCCCACGGCGGCGGUGGCCAUGGUCAUUCACAUGGAGCAGUGUCGAAGGAAGCAUCUUCGCACCAUGGCCACUCGCAUUCCCACCACGGACAUUCUCACUCGCAUGGACAAGAUCACGUUGACCAUGAUGCCUCUAAUCGUCACGAGCAUCAUGAGGAUAAACACCAUGCUUGCAGCCAUUCCGAACACGACCACCAUGUACGCUCUCAAGGCCACGACGAGCCCGUGUCCCCGAUUGGUAUUGACGACGAAUCACGUGUUUCAACUGCUACUGCUUGCACCCACGACAGCGACGACUUGGAAGAACCUGAAGCGGAGCCGUCGGUGCACGUAGAUGGCGACGGUGAAUGCGCGGCCGAAAACUUGAACGUGCGGGCCGCCUACUUGCAUGCUCUUGGUGACUUUUUGCAGAGUCUUGGGGUGUGCGUCGCUGGAGCGCUCAUUUGGUACGUGGCAAUGCAUGCGAAUAUUGAGGGUGAUGCCAAGAGGAAUUAGGUAUGAGCCGUCGUGGCAGCUGUGUGACCCGAUUGUCACGUUGCUCUUCUCUGUGGUUGUUGGUGCCACAACCAUCGGAAUUUGCAAAACGACGUUGCAUGUGUUAAUGGAAGGCACGCCAAGCGACCUUGAUGUGGAUAGCUUGGAACGAGAAAUCAAGGCUCUCCCAAGGGUCAAGGAAGUGCAUGACCUUCGAGUUUGGUCCAUUUCGCCCAGCAGCUUUGCCGUGGCAAUGCAUGUGGUUGAGUCGCGGGGAGAUAUCUCUGCUGCGAUGACCCCAUCGCUCCUAGUCGACGUCCAAGCGUGCGUGAUGGCCCAUCACGCCUUUGACUUUGUCACAGUGCAAGUCGAGCAAGAACGAGAGGCGAAGCUGUGUCCGUUCAACCAGAGGCAUGUCGUCGAAGUGGUGGUUUAAAGCGUGUGGAAUAGAAACUAUGAGGUUGGCUUUGCUGCUCUGUCGUACAAGGAUUUGACUCGGUGACCAAGCUGCUGCAUGUGCCAUUGCUUGGCGCAAGUGUCUCGCAGAGCGGGCUUUCUACAAUGGUGCUCAAAAUAUCUCUCAAUAUAUCGCACCCAAG